AUGAUUCAUGAAGAGAUCGAGGUUUAUAUGGAGAAAAUGAUUGCCAAAUCUAGAACUGAAGAUGAUCAUUUAGAAAACCUGAGGAAGUUGUUUGCCAGGCUCCGGAAGUCCAAGUUGAGUUUGAAUCCAGCAAAAUGCCCUUUUGGGGUCCGAUCUGGUAAGCUAUUGGGUUUCAUAGUCAGUCAGAAAGGUAUUGAGGUUGAUUCCGACAAAGUUCGAGCCAUCCAAGAUAUGCCACCUCCCCGAACAGAAAAAGAAGAUCCGAUAAAGUAUAUAUUUGAAAAGCCUGUUAUUACUGGUAGAAGUUCUCGGUGGCAAAUGUUGUUAACCGAAUAUGAUAUCCAGUAUGUGACUCAGAAAGAAAUAAAGGGGAGCAUUAUGUCUAACUACCUUGCUCAUUUACUUGUGGAAGGUUAUCAACCAUUAAGGUUUGACUUUCCAGAUGAAGACAUCAUGUUUAUCAGAGACUUCACUAUUCCAGGCCACGAGAUAAACCCCAAGGAAGUCCCCGAACCAGGAUCGCGAUGGACACUCAUGUUCGAUGGUGCUUUCAAUGCUCGUGGUCAUGGAAUAGGUGCAAUUAUCACUUCUCCAACUGGUUUCCACCUUCCAUUCACCGCCAGAUUAUGCUUUGAUUGCACCAAUAAUAUGGCAAAAUACGAGGCAUGUAUUUACGUUAUGGAGGCAACCAUCGACUUAAGGAUCAAGAUUCUUGAGGUAUAUGGAGAUUCAGCUCUGGUAAUAAGUCAGUUAGCAGAUGCUCUAGCUACGUUGGCAUCUAUGUUUAAAGACAAAUGGAAGAAUGAAACACCUGCUAUCCAUAUUGACAACUUAGAUGAACUGGCACAUUGUCGAGCAAUCAAGGCAGAUCCUGACGAUAAGCCCUGGUUCUAUGACAUAAAGACAUUUAUGGAGAAACAACAAUAUCCCGAGGGUAUAUCUAUUAUUGAUAAGAAGGCCUUGAGAAGACUCUCUUCCAAGUUUUUCUUAAACGGUGAUGUGUUAUACAACCGAAAUUAUGAUUCUGUACUGCUCAGAUGCGUGGAUAGACACAAAUCUAGUACAAUCAUAAAAUCUAUACAUGAAGGCUACGAGGGUGUACAUGCAAAAGGUCCUGCUAUGGCCAAGAAAAUCCUUCGGCAUGGGUAUUACUGGACGACAAUGGAGGUUGACUGUUAUAACUUUGUUAGAAGAUGCCACAAAUGUCAAAUAUAUGGUGAUAAGAUCUUUGUGCCACCAACUUCGUUGAACGUUCGGACAUAUCCAUGGUCCUUUUCUAUGUGGGGUAUCGAUAUGAUUGGGAUGAUAAAGUCUAAAGCUUCCAAUGGUCAUCAAUUCAUCCUAGUUGCUAUCGAUUACUUCAGGAAAUAG